CAUGAAAUGAAACUCAUCCUCCUCCUCCUCCCUCAUCAUCAUCAACUCUCUCAACUGUAAACAUUUAUUUCCACACCCUCCAUUUAUUGUUCCCAGGCCUCUUCUUUUAGGUAAAAAAUAAAAUAAAAUAAAAUUAUAGUAUAUGCUAAUCUAAAAUAGUACUACUACUAGUAAACCAUAUGAAUUAUUUUAGUGGGUUCUUGAAGAAAUUAAUGAUGAUGAAACAAAUGGUUAACUUCUUCUUUUUUUUUAAAAAAAUAAUAAUAAUAAAAUAAAAGGAUCAUCAUCUCUCGGGUACUCUGAAAAUGUGUGUAUAUAUAUAUAAGGAUACACACAGAACAAGGCCAACUAAGGAUAGCCACCUCAGGAAAUUCAUCUGCCCAAAACACAAGUUCAUAGCUUUAGUUUUAGUGCUACUACUACUUACAAGGGCUUUUAAAUUUCUGAAAGAGGGAAUUCUUUUCGAUUUGUUUUUCCCACACUUCAAGUUCCAAUUCCACAUUCUUUCCUUACAACCUUAAGAUCAUUUAUACUAUUAUUAUUAAUAUUAUUAUUAUCAGUUUGACCAUAUAUUAUUAUACUUGUAAAUUGUCUGAGACUGAUCAAUCCAAUUCCUUGGUCUGUGAAUGGCGCAUUUGGUUGGUUCUUCAGCUUUCAUCAUGAUGAUUCUCCCUUUACUUCUUCUAUCCCUCUUCACUUUCGCUUCCUUUUCUCAAGGAAAGGUGACAUGGGAGGAGACGUAUCCAUUUAUUAAGCAUGCAAGUACAUUCGCAUCGACGGCGCCGCCGUCGGCGUCGGCGAAGCCCGGUGGCAGCGGCGCCGCCGCGGGGAACUCCGGGGAGAGCAAGAACGACGACGUGCGGAGGUUCGACUACAUUAUCAUUGGCGGGGGAACGGCGGGGUGCCCGCUGGCGACGACGCUGUCGGAGAAGAACUACAGCGUGCUGUUGCUGGAGAGGGGAGGGGUGCCGUUCACCAACGUGAAUGUGUCGUUCAUGCAGAACUUCCACAUCAGCUUGGCCGACAUCUCGCCGACGUCGGCGUCCCAGAUGUUCAUCUCCACCGACGGCGUAUUUAAUUCCCGGGCCAGAGUCCUCGGCGGCGGCACUUGUAUCAAUGCCGGUUUUUACACCCGGGCUAGCCCAAGUUACAUCAGAGAUGUUGGAUGGGAUGAGAAACUGGUGAAUGAAUCAUACCCAUGGGUUGAGAAGCAAAUUGUACACAAGCCAGAUCUUGCACCUUUGCAAAAAGCAGUUAGGGAUGGACUCUUGGAAGUUGGUAUUUCCCCUUUCAAUGGCUUCACCUAUGAUCAUGUCUAUGGAACCAAGGUUGGUGGGACCAUUUUCGACAGAUUCGGCCGUCGCCACACGGCUGCCGAGCUGCUUCAAUCAGCCAAUCCUGAGAAGCUCAGUGUCUUGAUCCAUGCCACGGUUCAGAAGAUUGUGUUCGACACCAGAGGAAAAAGACCAAAAGCUGUUGGAGUGAUAUUCAAAGAUGAGAAUGGGAAAGAGCACAAAGCAUACAUUUCCAGGAGGAAGAACAGUGAAGUCAUAUUGUCAACUGGAGCCAUUGGAACCCCUCAACUCCUGAUUCUCAGUGGGAUUGGACCUAAAGAUGAGCUCCAGAAAUUUAACAUCUCAACUGUGCUCAGGAAUGAGUUUGUAGGAAAAGGGAUGGUUGACAAUCCCUUAAACACAAUCUUCAUUCCCCUGAAUGGACCUAUCGAACAAUCGUUGAUACAAACGGUUGGAAUUACUAAGAUGGGAGUGUAUAUUGAAGCUAGCAGUGGUUUUGGACAAUCCAGGGACAGCAUCCAAUGCCAUCACGGAAUCCUUUCGGCCGAGGCUGGACAGCUUUCUACAAUUCCUCCAAAAUCCAGAACACAAGAGGCUGUUGAGGCCUUCAGGAAAAGGAAAAGAGAUCUUCCAUAUGAAGUAUUCAGGGGAGGUUUCAUCCUGGAAAAGAUAGCUCGGCCUUUGUCAUCAGGAGGAAUCAGCCUGCUCAACACGAAUGUUGAUGACAAUCCAUCCAUCACCUUCAACUACUUCAGCCAUCCUUCUGAUUUACAAAAAUGCGUCAAUGGGAUUCGCAUCAUUGAGAAGAUUGUCAACUCGAAGCCCUUCGCAAAUUUUUCGCAGUGCGAUAAAAACACGAGGGAGAAGCUCCUGAACAUGAGUGUGCAGGCUAAUGUCAACCUCAUACCUAAGCACACUAAUGAUACCAAGUUCCUGGAACAGUUCUGUAAAGACACUGUGGUCACGAUAUGGCAUUAUCACGGAGGCUGCCAUGUUGGGAAAGUAGUGGAUCAUGAGUAUAAGGUGCUUGGAGUUGACGGGCUGCGUGUUGUUGAUGGAUCUGUAUUUAAUGAUUCUCCAGGCACUAAUCCUCAAGCCACUGUUAUGAUGAUGGGCAGGUAAACAUUUUAAAGACUUAAAUCUUUUCUUUGGUGAAACACCUUGUUUUAGCCUUGAAAUUUUAGAAGGGAUUAUGGAUUAUCGGCUUUUUGUGCAGAUACAUGGGAUUGAAGAUAAUAAGAGACAGAUCAAGAAAAUCAGGGAGGGGAUAAGACAAGACUCUAAAGAAGAAGAUGAUGUCACUAUAUCAGUGCAACUGCAACACAUUCUUUAAAUCCAUGGAAAAAAAAAAUGUAAUUUUAGUGAUUUUCGUAUUAUAGCAAGUUAGUCAGCUGCUAAAGAUGCAUUUGAGAGAAUGGAAAUGAUUUCUUUUCCAUCUUUUUAUUCUUUGUAUUUAUUCAUCUGAAGAACUUGUAUCCACUGGCCCUGAUGUAUUUAGUGUUUGUAUCCCUCUAUCAAACUAGUUCUUUAUUGUUUGAUUUAUGUUGUCUGAUCUCGUGUACUUUGCUAAUUGUUUAGUUCUUUCCAGUCUGAGGGCUUCUUAUAAAAAAAAAUUUCACUAUGUCUUCUUGUAGCUUAAUUAUUUCGAAUAAUCGCGUCAUUUAUUCAUCAGAGAUAGUACUAAUGAUUUCACA